AUGUGGAUCCUGAUAGGAGCAAUAACGUUGUCACUGUUCACUGCCUUAUUUACAAAUGCUAUGGAAACUUCCCUGGAUGGUACUGGAUGUAGGGACAUCGGUGGCAAAAAGGUGGGUGUGUCCAACAAGAAUCCUGAAACGCAUAUAGUCGCUAUGGAGCUGGAUGCAGACUUUGUGAAGUUCAAAAACCUGGACGAAAUGCAAGAAAGUCUUAUCCAAGGAACAAUUGGAAGAGUAUUGAUGGAUCGCAACACUGCAUUUCACUUUUUGGAUAAAUCUGGUUUAAAACGAAACAGGCAGAUCCGAAUGAUUCGUAACGUCGAUUAUCCAAUGGAAUAUUACCUGGCUCACGUGAGUCAUGACGUAAUACCACCUCUAAUGGGGUCACCGAAUGGCACGAACGAUUCUGAUGACGAAGUAUUGGUUAGAAAAACUGAGCUUUCGGUUUGCGGGGAAAGCCUGAAAGAAUUAUCAGCGGAUUUGGUUGCAGUUGCAGAAGACAUUGCUAAAGAGCAACUUAUCCCUGCCGAAUUACAGACAGCGGAUUUGUCCGAUGAAAUGGAAGGGUUAUUCUCCACUGGCUCACAAAUGACCAAAUCCAUUUUAUUUGCUUUAUUGGGAAUAUUCGCCUUGCUAAUAAUCAUCGGCAAACUUUGGGAGGUCUACACCAACUUUAAGCCAACAGUUCUUCUGCACGGGAGAAUUCAUUGUUAUGUCAUUUAUCACAUUUUGAAAGCCACCAAACUUUGUCCCCUAAACUGUCUCUGGCCUGAUGCAUGGUCAGUGCAUUGGACUCUGGGUCGAGAGGUCUGGGUUCGAGACCUAACUGGGGCUUGGACGAGACACUUUACUCUGCCCAUGCCUCUCUCCACCCAGGAGUAUAAACGGGUAUUAGCGAAUUGUCAAGGAAGCCUGAUGAAUGCUAGAAUUAACCUUGCGAUGGACUAG